CAGAAUGUACCUUAAUUUGAAUAUCGGUAUUUUGGGUCAUGUGGAUUCUGGCAAGACAACCCUAGCGCGAACCCUGAGCGCAAUCGCCAGCACGGCAGCGUUCGACAAAAACCCACAGUCUCAGGAGCGUGGCAUUACGCUGGAUCUGGGAUUUAGCGCACUGCAGGUUGACCUGCCGGACCACCUGAGGGAGCAGUGUGUGGCGCACGGAUUCGAAAAGCUGCAGUACACCUUCGUUGACUGUCCCGGACAUGCCAGUCUUAUUCGUACGAUCAUCGGUGGUGCCCAGAUCAUCGACAUGAUGCUGCUGGUGAUUGACUCGGAAAAGGGCAUACAGCCGCAAACGGCCGAAUGUCUCCUCAUAGGCGAGUUGACGUGCAAGAAACUCAUCGUGGUUUUGAAUAAAAUCGACACACUGGUUGAUCCGCAGCAGCGGAAGAAAACGUUGGACAAGCUGAGGAAGGGAAUUUCAAACGUCCUCUCGAAGAUGGCAUUUGACGAGUCGCCGAUUGUGGCCAUUUCUGCCGGAACGGGCGAAAACAUCCAGUUGCUCGUUGAAACACUAGCAGAAAAAUCUUUUCUCCCACGCCGAAGCACCGAUCUUCCGUUUAUGUUCGCUGUCGAUCAUUGCUUCGCAAUCAAAGGCCAGGGCACCGUUUGCACUGGGACGGUGCUACAGGGAAAACUCGGUGUGAAUGAUGACGUCGAAAUUCCAAAACUAAAGCUUCACCGGAAGGUCAAAUCUAUACAAAUGUUCCGUAAAAGCUGCCAAACCAUUCGGCAAGGGGAUCGUGCUGGAAUCUGCAUCACACAGUUUGAUCCCAAAACGUUGGAACGUGGCAUCGUUUGUGCCACCAAUUAUGCCCAUUAUGUCCACGCGUGCAUCACAAAACUUACCCGCGUGAAGUACUUUAAACGGCCGAUCCGGUCGAAGGCAAAAUUUCACGUAACAUGCGGCUACGAAACAGUCUUGGCCACCGUGCUUCUUUUCACGGGUAAAAGUGAAACAUUUUCCUACGAUGAACAGUACGAGUACUUGGAGGAAUUAUCGGACACUUCGAACGCCACCGAUGACCACGUGUUUACGCUCUUGGAAUUCGAAAAGCCAAUACUUGCCUUUCCGAACGCGCUCAUAAUUGGGUCCAGGUUGGACAGCGACAUUCAUGCGGUCGACUGUCGGUUGGCUUUUUCCGGCCGGCUUACACACAUCAUACGGGAUGUAAAGUAUCACGAAACGGUGCUGCCCGGGUUACAGAUUUUUAAGCAGAAAACCAAAACCGGUACAAUUCAACGGGUGGUGAACGAGAGAGAGUUGAUUGCGACGGGACUGUUUAAAAAAUCUGGCAACAGUCGGCAAGCGUUCGUGGGGCUGGGAAUCAGCUUAUCGAGCGGCGAGAGAGGCAUCAUCGAGGACACAUUCGGUGCAAGCGGCAAGGUUAAGUUACGCUUCGCAGAACCGAUUGCAGCUCAUGUUUUAGAACGAAUAGGAAACAAAGCCAGCCAGCAAGAGGACAUUAAAGUGGAACUUUCGUUUAAGAAAUUUCUAUUUCGUAAAGAUGAUAAGAAUAAAAAGGUUGUACAGUAAAAAAUAAAACAGAAAGCGUCUCAAGCGAUUUUUCCGCUUUUUAAUGUUUCAUCAACAUGUGAUAUUUCACCAUCUUGCGAAGAAAAAUUAAAUUAUUUUGGAA